GCCACCGCCGCCAAACAAACCCCGGCCGAGCUCGGGGGCUGCGCAGGCGACGGCCCGGGGGUGGGGGUCCGCCGUGGCUCCGGGGGGGACUGGCAGGUGGGGACUGGGAGGCUGAGCUCCGUGGGAGCAGACCGCCGGAGGAACGAUGCCUGUCGUGUGGCCGACCCUUCUGGAUCUCAGCAGGGAUGAAUGCAAACGGGUCCUUCGCAAACUGGAACUGGAGGCAUAUGCUGGAGUCAUCAGUGCCUUGCGAGCCCAGGGGGACCUCACGAAGGACAAGAAAGACCUCCUUGGAGAACUCUCCAAAGUGCUCAGCAUUUCGACGGAAAGGCAUCGAGCCGAAGUACGGAGGGCGGUAAACGACGAGCGAUUGACAACCAUUGCGCAUAACAUGUCUGGGCCGAACAGCUCUUCCGAAUGGUCCAUCGAAGGGCGGCGGCUGGUCCCUCUGAUGCCACGGCUGGUCCCCCAAACGGCUUUUACCGUCACAGCAAACGCCGUUGCCAACGCAGCUCUCCAGCACAAUGCUUCUCUUCCCCUUCCUGCAGAGACAGGAAGCAAAGAAAGCGAGGUGGUGGUCUGCUAUUCCUACACAAGCACAACUUCUACCCCGACGUCCACCCCAGUACCCAGCGGCAGCGUCGCAACGGUCAAGUCCCCCCGGCCCGCCAGCCCAGCUUCUAACGUGGUCGUCUUGCCGAGCGGAAGCGCAGUUUACGUCAAAAGCGUGAGCUGCUCGGACGACGACGAGAAGCCGCGCAAGAGGCGCCGCACCAACUCUUCGAGCUCGUCCCCCGUCCUCCUGAAAGAGGUCCCGAAGGCCGUCACCCCGGUGACGAAGACCAUCACGGUGCCCGGCAGCCCCAAGAUGAGCAGCAUCAUGCAGAGCAUCGCCAACUCCUUGCCGCCCCACAUGUCCCCCGUGAAGAUCACCUUCACCAAGCCCUCCACGCAGACGACCAACACCACCACCCAGAAGGUGAUCAUCGUAACCACGUCUCCCAGCUCCACCUUCGUCCCGAACAUCCUGUCGAAGUCUCACAACUACGCCGCCGUCACCAAGCUCUCGUCUCCGACCUCCGUGGAUCAC